GAUAGAGAGGGAGUGAGUGAGUCUGCUGUGGUGGUGUUAGAAAUCGGACGACAUGAGCUCUACAUGAAGCUCGUAAAAAUGCUCUAAGGACGCGUUGUCUUUCAUCCGUCUCAACCGAGGACGAGCCUGAAGCGGAGCUGCAUCCUUCACGACCAGGUGUAACACUGUCUUAAGCCUGAGGGGGGCAGAAUGCCGGAGCAGAGCAACGACUAUCGUGUGGUGGUGUUCGGGGCGGGUGGAGUAGGGAAGAGCUCCCUGGUCCUGCGCUUCGUGAAGGGCACCUUCAGGGACACCUACAUCCCCACGGUGGAGGACACCUACCGCCAGGUGAUCAGCUGCGACAAGAGCGUGUGCACGCUCCAGAUCACCGACACCACGGGGAGCCACCAGUUCCCCGCCAUGCAGCGUCUGUCCAUCUCCAAAGGCCACGCCUUCAUCCUGGUCUACUCCAUCACGAGCAAACAGUCCCUGGAGGAGCUCAAACCCAUUUACCAACAGGUCCUGGCCAUAAAGGGCAACGUGGAGGCCAUUCCCAUCAUGCUCGUGGGCAACAAGAGCGACGAGACCCUGCGGGAGGUGGAGACCAAGGAUGGCGAGGCCCAGGCCAACCAGUGGAAGUGCGCCUUCAUGGAGACAUCGGCCAAGACCAACCACAACGUCACCGAGCUCUUCCAAGAGCUGCUCAACCUGGACAAGAAGAGGAACAUGAGCCUCAACAUCGACGGCAAGCGCUCGGGGAAGCAGUCCCGCGCCGAGAGACUGAAGGGCAAAUGCAGCGUAAUGUAAAACCUGGAGGGGAGGAAAAGGGGGAGGUGGAGGCGGGAGAGAGGGGAGGAAAUAAUGAAAAGGGAGGGAGAGGAAAGAAAAGGAAAUGGAGACGAGAGAGAAAACACAGACUCAUUAAAUGUUAUCACUCGGAGCUAAAUGUCUGGAAGGCCACCGAGGAAUCUCAUCAACCACAUCCUCCUCCAUGCGACUGGUGCGUUCACAAACACAAACGUUCCAUGCCGGGAAAAACAUAGCGGAUUUCAGACACCCACACGCAUUCUGAAUAUCGCAAAUCAAAAGUAAGAAGCGUGUGUCGCAGAAGGAAACCUGAGGUGGUCAUGGAGACCUCGGCCUGCGGAAAAGAACCCAGAUGACAGCAUCCCCUCCCGAAAACUGAAAGUUCCCUUCGGAUAUACACACACAUUUGACUUUCCUCUUUCACUUCUACACCCCUCAGUCCUCCCUCCAUCCCGGUCCCGCUCACACUCUAACAUCCCAGCUUCCCCAUCCUUCAAUCCUCCCCCCCUCCCCUCCUGUUAUCACCGCUACACAGAAACUAAAUGUGUGUGUAACAGAGUCGACGAAGUUAGUUCAAACCCUAUUUUAAGAUAAACGCAAAACGCACGACUCUGAUGUAAAUAAACGUGGGAUCUUUCAGUGAUUCCACUAGUGUCCACGUGCCCCCCCCCGACCCAGCUAUUGUGUCAGUCACCGAAGGUCAGAGCUUUUUGGCGAAAGGACAAAUUCACCCAUUUGAAGAUGAAAGAAAAAAAAAAAAGACUCCUCAUAACAUUUGUCAAUCUGUCAUCACAUCAACAAACUCAUGUGCAACCCUCUUCUCAUCCGGAGUGGAGAAGCGGCCGGGCACGCGCCACCGCCUCCACCUCCACCUCCACCUCCACCUCCACCACGACACAGCGAUGUUUCUGAGACUUCAUCCAGUGUCGAGUAAUAACCGUGGAGGGAAGGGAAGCUGGACUCUCAUCACAACAUGAAAGGAAAAAACAUAAACAUCUGCCUUGAGGACGAUACACUGGGAUAUUCGUUGCCGAGCUGAUAAGAAGAAAGCGAACUGGGAUGAUUUUUUUUUGGGGGGGGGGGGGGGGGGGGUUCUGUGGUGAAGAAUGUCCGUUUGCUUUGGCAAUUUUCAUGUGAAGGUUUCUCCUUGUUUGCCUUUUUUAUUUUUUGUCUUGUUUUAUGAUGCUCUUUAAAUUCAUGUUAAAAAAACAAAACAACAGAAAGCACAUAGAAGAGGGGGAAUAAAAAAAUAAUACUAAUGGAUGUAAAAGUAAACCCAUGCAGAUUAUUGAGUGUGACCUGAAUCUGUAAUUCUGUUUCCUCUUUGUUUUUGUUUUGCCUUUCAUGCGCUUAUCAGGAAACAGAAUGGGUCAAACAGACACACACACACACACACACACACAUAUUUAAACAUGCAUAUAGCAUGCGCCUGAAUGCAUUGAUGCAAGAGUCGGAAAAAAGAACACACACAUGCAUUGCUGUGGUUUUCACUUUGAGUAACAAUUUGUUUUGGUUUGAUGAAGACAAACAGGCCUCACUCUGCCUAGAUGCUCUCACAUUGCACUUAAUAUCAUAAAUAGACACACACACACACACAAACAUGUUUUGCCUACUGUAUGUUUUAAUGAUCUCUGUUGAACACAGGAUAUGUCCGAAGUGCAUAUACACACACACACACACACACACCUUUCUCACGUAGGAGCUCUAAAUCUUGUACUGUGUGUGCACUGGACAGCUAAAAGCACAAUACUUUUUUACUGAUAUAUUUGUUUGUUUGUACAUUUUUUUGUGUGUUUCUUUUUUUGUACACAUGUUUUGUUUUUUAAUUGUUUUGUCUCGUCUGCUAUUUUCCAUCUUUAACCUUUACUCUCUGGUCCUGAACGUAGAGGAACAAUCACCAUCACCAUAGUCACACGUAGCUCAGAGUCUCGAUUGUAAUGUUUUGUUUUCGUCAUGGCACAACGAGGUUGCGGUUCUGCUGAGCAACAGGGUAUCGCUGUGUGAUCCAUGAUUCCCUGUGGUCGUGAAGAAACACGUGUAUGUGUGUGUGUGACGUCACCCCCUGUACGAUGGCCUCGGAGGGUCCGAUUAUAUUGUCUACUUCUCUCCAUCUCUCAGGCGGUUUCUAACAAUAACUACUUGGCGGAUAAUCUGCUCCUGUACUGUUGAACCCAAAGACACAGACGAUGCCCCCUUUUAACCGUGUGUUCAUUUCUCUGGUCAAACUAAAAAAAAGAAACACAACUGAAAAAGAAAAAGCACAGCACAACUGUCUUUGCAAUCCGUCUGUCUGUCUCCCUCCGUCUCUACGUGUGCAGCAGAAUCCACAACUGGGCACUUUAGGGUGACAUUUUACUUGAAGACUUGCUUAUUAAUCAGCGCUGCCUCGUUUCUAAGCACCAUGUAAAAUGCCCCUCCCUCAUCACUCACGCCCACUUUAAACUACCUCCCACGCGGAGUUACUGUACAUAGGCAUAAGGUAGUUCAACGACACGUUAGGAAGAGCUUCAAGUAAGAUGUUACCCAAUGUAAAGAAAAAACCUGUACCCGCUGUCUUUCCGGGACUAUGUCCUUUGUAACCAGGACAUAUUGUCACAGUAGGAGGUUCAAUGUUGCUAUAUACUGUAAAAUACAGCUUAUUAACGAUGCUCAUGAUAUAUUGUAUUUGACACAUCCACUCUUCAGAUCAAUCGGAUAAUACUAGCAAAAUGUGAAUAUGUAACUAAAGGUUCCACUCCAUAGCUUUUCCUUUUGUUUUUGUUUAUUUUCCAAGUUGACAAUGAAUCCAUUGUUAUCGACGUGUUGUGUUGGGUCCUGUUAACGCUCAGAAAAGAUUUGCAUUGUAAACACACCCUUUACUCGUUAGACUCCAGGGAUUUUGCUCAUUGGUUUUUUUCCAUUUCCACCUGCGUUGUUUUCCAGAAACGGGAGAUCUGGGUUUGUCUUGUGCUCGUUUAAGAUGGAGUGAAAAGCACUGAAGCUAAAAAAAAAAACAACAACAACAACAACAACAGCUGGAAAUAACAUCUAACAGCCCUCAGACUCGCCUCUGGUCUGAUCUGAUGCCUAGCUACCGGCGGCGGGGGGGGGGUUGCACACGCUGCAUAAAUAUCAGCUCGACACGUCUGAUUGCCUCACGCAGAAUGCCAGAUUGCGAGCGCAUGUUUGUGCAAUGUGUUGUUCUGCUGACGUGUGUACAGGAGACUGUCGCUGCUCAUGUUCCCACGUGGAAUAUGAUACGGCGGGGCGGAAAAAAAACAAUGAGGCAGCGUUCGAGAGCGGCACACGGACAACAAGCCGGAGCGGGAGGGAAGGGAGCUGGGCUAUUAAUAGAAGUGGUGUGAAAAUGUGGAGUGCAACUGCACCAACCGUGGCCUGUGUACGACUCAAAUGUGUGUGUGUGUGUGUGUCCACUGAGUUUCCUCCCAUGGCUUGUCUCAUCUCAUUUAACAAUGAAGCAUAUUCACUGCUGCUGUGCGUGUGUGUGUUUUGUGUGUUUGUGACUAUGUGCGUUUAUCAGUGUAUGAAUGCAAUCACCUAUUUGCAUAUUUUGCCUAUCACCCUGGCCUCCAUAAGAUUGUGUAUGUGCUUGUGUGUGUUUACGUGUGUGUGCCCGUGUGUGGGUGUGUGUGCUGUUGUUGCACCAUCUUGUGAAGUGGCUGUCAGAUGUUUAAAGCUCUUCCUGUGGAGAAUGCCCACACAUUCUGCAUGAGUCAUCCUGCACUGCUCAGUACACACACACACACACAGUAUAUUCAGCUGUAUGGAAGCUGACCAUACAGACUGCAUGCCUUCAUGCACACCCACACAACUUGCACACACGUUCUAUUCACACAGGCCUCGUCACUGGCUGUUUCCUGCUCGUCGCUCUCCUACACGUCAGGUCUGCUCCUCCAUCCGUUCUCUGUCCGCUCUCCCCUGAAGCUCCCGAGUUUCUCUCACUUCCUUAAUUCCCUCACAUUUUUCUGUGAGUCGCUUGCGCUUCAACAGACUGAAGGUCGACACCGCUCACGCCCAAUUGUAGAUAGUUGUAAAUAGUGUUUAAAAGGACUUAACAUUUCAGAGAUGAGAGAAGAGGAGGAGGAAGAAAAAGGAAGCUGUGGGUGGAAGGUGCCUGCAUUUCUUUCUUAUAGGGAAAGUGUCCAUUUGGAAGCUUGCACUCGGCUCCAGAAGAGAGCUUCUUUAUGUCGGCUGCCAUGAAGUUAAAACUUUGGGCUGUUUCCAAAGUGUGCUAUAAUUUUCUCUGCAAGGUAAAAACGAAUAAACGGACACUUUGCAGAGACCCAAAGUGCCCAAUAUCCGAUGAAUGAAUAGAAUGAUCACAAAUAAAUAUCUACAAUCGACUAAUUCUGAAAUUAUCCAGUAAAUGUUCCAGAUUCAUCCUCCUUACUUUCCUAAUAACAACAGAGUUUUAUGUCAUUUUUAUUUAAUUCCAGCAGGUUUUAUUUCGGACGUCUCUUAUUGUCAUUGUUUAAGUGUUAUAUUUUCCUCAGUGGUAUUAUUUUAUAACACCACUUUUCAUCAAAGUCUUUGUCUAACCCUAACCCAGCCAAUUACAUAAUAGGAUCCUCUCGGUUUUGGAACAAAUUUGCACCACGAUGGUGUUGUUUGGUGAACGCAGACUUUGGAAGGAGGACAUUUGACGUUCAGAAUUGCUGGAAAGAAAUAAAAAAAUGUCAUGUUAUUGAGAAAAGAAGUAGGAUAAAGUGGCAUUUAAUGAAACUGAAGCUGGAUCGGUACCAGGCAAAGUUCACCUCAGAGGUCACUGGGGGACAGGCUCAUACUGCCGAGGAAGCUUGGUUCACGUGUGUUCUUCCAUUGCAGGGUGGGAAACACGACCAUGUGGCGCUGAAACAAAGAGAAAAAGGGUUGGACCCGAAAACACGAUAGAAAAUUUUAUUUGUCCAUCAGUCUCAUUUUUACCAACGAGGGCGGGUCACCUUCCUGUCAGAGGAUCCGGAGGAUAAUCAGCUCUGGAGUACCAGAACUGAAAAACAAAAAAAAUGCACCCCCUGACCCCGUUGACCUCGCCUGCUCACCCCUUUACUUCUCGUCUCAUUGGCUCAGGGGAAGGGGCAUAAAGUGUGUAAGUGUGGGGGGGGGGGGGGGUGUGGGAAAUGUAGUUUGGUACUAUCCUGUCGCUCUGGCUCUUCAUCCCUGCAUGGUCCCUUAUUGGUGUUUCAGCCAGCAUGAGAACAAGGACACAAACUGUGAAUCAUCUUUGUAUUUUUUUAAAUAAAUUCCUCAGCAGCAUUUACGGCUUCAGUUUUGCAAAUGGUUUAUUUCUUUUUAGCACUUGUUGUUUUUUGUAAAUUAUGGGAAAACGAAAAAUACUUCUGUUGGAACUUUUUAUUUAUUUAACUAAUUAUGAUGUAUAGAUAUUUAUUCUAGCAAUAGUCUUCCUAUUAAGAUAUACUGUGCUGAUGCAUCCUCUGAAUAACUGAAAUUAAUUAUAUAUAUAUAAUUAUAUAUACGAUCAUAAUUAUAUAUAUAUACAUGGUAAUAAUAAUAUUCA